AUGGCAGCUCAGGCCAAUACUCUGCAACGUACCUGCCCGCGAUGUCAGGCUAUAAUAGAUGAGACCAAAUCUUGUAUUCUUGAGAUGGUUGAUUGGCGUCACCCGUUCAUUGAUUUCCUUGCGCAUGGUACCCUUCCAGACGAUAAACAAGCUGCUGCAAAGCUAAAGAGGAGGUCCGCACGAUUCGAGCUUUGGGAAAGUGAACUCUUUCGUCGAACCCUUAAUGAAUACUUCACUAAAUGGAUUGAGGCGGUCCCCCUCAAGUACGCCACCGGUGGGGCCGUCGCGGCUUUCAUACAAGAGAAUAUCAUUUGUCGCUUCGGAAUCCCUCAAUGCAUUCUCACUGACAAUGGUACUCCUUUCAUUAAUCAUAAAGUCAAGCAAUUGCUCAGGCAGUACAAUGUCCAGCAUAAGCGGUCCUCGCCAUAUUACCCUCGAACACUCGAAGAAAAGCCUAGUAGAUGGGUAGAGCAAUUGCCUUUAGCACUCUGGGCUUAUCAUACUUCCACCAAACGCUCUACUGGUCAAACUCUAUUCUCCCUUGUCUAUGGAACGGAGGCUGUUUUGCCCAUUGAUACUGCAGUCCCUGCGGCGCAGCUCGCCUCGCGAAGCGUGAUUCCCAUGUCUCGAGAUAAUGAGUUGGAGGCCCUUGAUGAGUGGCGCGAGGUAGCCUUGCAGCUUCUUCAGCAAUACCAGUACAACAUAGCGCGAGCAUAUAACAAGCAUGUCCAACCUCGACAGUUCCAACCAGGCCAGCUCAUUCUUAAAGCUGCUCCACAUAUUAUGCGCGGUCUUUUAACUUCCAAAUUCUCAACUAAUUGGGAGGGCCCCUAUAUUGUCAAAACAUCUAGCGAUAAUAGUUAUUACACACUCGAGGGCUCUGAUAAUAGCCCCAUUAAUAAUGUCUGGCUGAAGCUUUACUUUUGUUAA